AAAGAAAAAAACAUUAAAGAUAAAAAAAAAACGGAUUUUUUUUCCAAAUGAAGCUAGUUUUUUGUGGAAGAUAGAGUGGAAGGAGACCAACUCAGUGAGAGGAUUGCAUCCCCAGUCUGUGCAAGUGUGUGAGUGUGUGUCAGUCAGAGUGUGUGUGCCUCGGACUCCCCACUCAGUGAUGUAAAACGUGAAGGUGGAUUUUGGCAUGUGGAGGAGCAGGUAAAAGGGCUUGUUCGUGAUGGUGCUCUGUAUGGACAAGAAGCUGUGCCAUGACAGAGGGCAACGUGGGUAAAAGAGACAUGCGACACCCAGCCCUGAACCACUGCCACCUCUUCCUGGGCGGGGCCUUGCUGCUUCUCCUGGUCAGCCCGGCUUUGAGCUGCCCCGCCCGAUGUGAGUGCUCCGCCCAAAGCAAGUCGGUUAGUUGCCACCGCAAGCGACUGCCCACCAUCCCUGAAGGCAUCCCCAUCGAGACCCGCGUCCUGGACCUCAGUAAGAACAAGCUACGUAUCAUAACACCGGACAACUUCUCUUCAUUCCAGCAGCUGGAGGACCUGGACCUCAGCGACAACCUCAUCAGUGUGGUUGAGCCCAACGCAUUUCGUUCUCAACUUGCUCUCCGCUCGCUCAACUUUCGCAGUAACUUGCUCCAGCUGGUGCCUGUUGGUGUACUGUCAGGCCUGACCAACCUCACCCGCAUCGACCUCAGCCACAACCGAUUGGUGGUUCUCCUGGAUCAUGCCUUCCAAGAUCUGCGGCGAUUGUCAUCCCUAGAGGUGGGUGACAACGAACUGGUUUUCAUCUCUCAGCGGGCCUUUACAGGAUUACUUGGACUCCAAAGUCUGACCCUAGAACGUUCCAAUCUGACCGUGGUUCCUACUGAUGCUUUGGCACAUCUGCACAGCCUGGUGGAACUGCGCAUGUGCUACUUGAGCAUCAGUUUUCUCAAGCCUUACUCCUUUAAGAGGUUAUCACGUCUCCGCCGACUAGAGAUUGAUUACUGGCCCUGGCUGGACACACUGCCUCCCUAUUCACUGCACGGCCUCAACCUCACAACGUUGUUCAUAACCAACACUAACCUGUCUGCCUUCCCCGGCGCAGCACUGCGCAACCUGCCCUACCUCACACAUCUCAACUUGUCCUACUGCCGCAUCCAGCACAUCCAUCAGGGAGAGCUGGGCCAACUCCCACACCUGCUGGAGCUUCACCUCCAAGGGGCUCAGCUGAUUUCGAUCGAGCCCUUUGCCUUUGCGGGCCUCAAAUCAUUGCAACUACUGGAUGUUUCACAGAACCGCCUGGACUCUCUGGAGAGCGGAGUGUUUGCCUCGCCAGACAGCCUCCAGAGGCUCUGUCUGGGUGGAAACCCAUUAGUGUGCGACUGCAGAUUGCUUUGGCUGCUCAAUAGCCAUAAGCCCCCCUCUCUGCAGAUUCUGGAUGUGCAGCCAGAGUGCAGCGCCCCUGAGCACCUCCUGGGGAAACCUCUCCGUGACCUCAAGGAGCCUCUGGUCUCUAGAUACAUGACCUGCACCAAACCACGGAUUGGACCCAACACGACCCAGCUGCUGAUGGCUGAUGAGGGUCAGCCUGCCCGCCUGAGCUGCACGGCAGAGGGAGCGCCUCGGCCCUCGGUGGUAUGGAUUACACCUCACAGACGCUACAUCACGACCAAGAGCAGUGGCAGGGUGGAAGUCCAACCAGACGGUACCCUGGAGAUCAAGGCAGCAGAGCUGCACGACAGCGGGGUGUACUUGUGUAUUGCCAGUAACCCUGCUGGCAAUGCUAGUCUGUCGGCCUCUUUAGCUGUGAAGAGCCUGGGCAUUGGGGACAGAUUUCACUAUAGCAACAGGAGCUCAAACUAUAUGACAGACUCUAACAGCACUUGGGGGAAUGGGACUGUACUGUACAACAUGACAGUCCCUAUAGACAUUAAAACUAUCAUUAUAUCUACAGCCAUGGGCUGCCUGUCCUUCCUAGGUGUGGUUAUCUUCUGCUUCCUGCUUCUUUUCGCCUGGAGCCGAGGGAAAGGACGCCAUAAGAGCAACUUUGAUAUCGAGUACGUCCCUCGCAAAUCCAACGGGGCGUCAGCAGAUGUUGCAGAAACAAGCGGCCCACGACGGGUCAACAUGAAAAUGAUUUAAGAAACAAUGCACACUGACGCAUAUGAUGGCAAAGUCAUCAACAACGUGCACACAUAUCAGAAAAAAAAAAGUUUUUUUCUAUGACACAGUGGAUUUGUGACAAAAACGAAAGUGACGUACAAAUAUAGUGGGUGUCGAUAUGACGGUGAUCUCGUGAUAAAGUGGGCAUGUGAAUAUAAAAGUGAUAUAUGAAACUGUGGACGUGUUUAUAUGACAUAAUGUUCUCAUACAGUACAUUGAAUAUAAUACUAUAACCAACAUAUCAAUAUGGGAGUGAUAUAGUGCUGCACUAGGCAUGUGUUUCAGUGGUGAUGUGAUGAGUAAUGAUGUUGUCGACUCACCGUGACAUCAAGGUGAAGGAGGGAGCCGCUGGGAGUGACGGGGGACAUCUUCGCGUGGCAUUGGAGCUAUCAUCGCUGCAACAUGUCGGGACUAAAUUGUCUAAUACCCAUCUUAGCUGCAGUAUGAAAGGUGCGUGUGUUGUGUUCAUGUGUGCGCGCGUGCGUGUAUGUGUGAGUGCAUCAGUGUGCGCAUGUUGCAUUUGUGCGUUUCUUUGUGCAUGUGCACGCAUUGCCUUUCUCGUUGGACGGAACAAUUAAAAUGAAUGAUGGGGUCCAAAGUAUUUUUC